AUGGAUUUUACUACCAAUUUCUUUCAACCCCAAUUUCCUAGAUUGGGUAAAGACAAUUACGAAAAAUGGAGUAUCCAAAUGAGAGUGUUGUUGGCCUCUCAAGAUUUGUGGGAUUUAAUUGAAAAAGGGUAUGAGGAACCCAACUCACAAGAAGAUGAAGACAAGUUGUCAGAAAAUCAAAAGAAUGGACUAAAAGGUUCUAGAAAAGGAGACAAGAAAGCAUUGUUUCUACUCUACCAAUGCAUUGAUGAGUCAACUUUUGAGAAGGUCUCCUUCGCCACAACUUCUAAAGAAGCUUGGGAAAUUCUUAGGAAUUCACAUAGAGGCAUUGAUAAAACGAACUUUGAGUAUUGUAAUCAAAUUAGAAGGUAUGAUGAAAAUCUUGAUGAUGUGCGUGUGAUAGAGAAGGUUCUACAGUCACUAAGUUCCAAAUUUGAGCAUACGGCUGUUGCCAUUGAAGAAUUGAUGGAUCUUAAUACCAUGACAGUUGAUCAAUUGAUGGCCAUGCUUGAAAUACAUGAGCAAAGGAUAAACAAGAAAGCCUCUAGUUCCCUUAAGCAAGCUCUCCAAUCCAAGCUUUCUUUCAAGGAAGAAAAGGAGCAAGGCACAUCCGAAAGAGGAAGAGGAAAAGGUUAUGAAGGUCGUGGUAGAGGCUAUGAAAAUCGUGGAAGAGGCUAUGAAAGUCAUGGAAGAGGCUAUGAGAGCCAUGGUAGAGGUCGUGGAAGUAGAGGUAGAGGUGGAAGAAACACUAUUAGAGGUAGAAGAGGCCAAAAUUUAUAUGCUCCACGAGAAAGAGAAAUAGGAGGAGGAAAUUACAACCGUUCAUUCAAUAGGCAUGGCUAUGACAAGAGAAAUGUGGAAUGCUACAAUUGUCACAACUUUGGGCACUAUAGCUAUGAAUGUAGAGCAAAGUCAAGCAAUAAAGUUGGUGAGCAAGUGAACUAUGUUGAAAAAGAAAGCAAUGAAGUGGGGCCUACUUUGUUGCUAGCAUAUAAUCGGUCUAAAAAUGAUCAAAGCAAUUUGUGGUUUCUUGAUACCGAGGCUAGCAAUCACAUGUGA